GCUACAUCCGAGCAGAGAUUGAGAAACUCGACGAAACGCUUAGCCUUUAGUCAGUUUGGCCACACUGUGAGAAACAAGCUCUCCCGUUGAACAUUGGAGGAUCUAGAGCUGGAAAACCUUUUAUUCAAUGCAUGCACUAUAAAAUUAUAAAAUGAAACGUUUACAGGCUGGCUCCGGAAGGCAACUUGCAAGUUUUAUUUUCUUUCUUACUUGUUCAUUACUUUCUGCAACUCCAUUUUCUUCAAAAUAUAACCUGUUCUCACAGGGUGCUCCUUACUCCGGUUCUGUACACAGGCACAGAAAUAAGAAUUGGUGUGCAUAUGUUGUGCAGAAGAACGUGACUUGCGCUGUACUGGAUGGAACUGAAAGUUACGUCCAGUCCGAGCUUGCACCCUGCCCGGGGAAUGCGAUGAACUGCGAGCCUCAAGUGAUGUAUCGGACACGCUUUCGCCCUACAUACAAGAUUGCCUACAAGACCAUUACUGAGCUGGAGUGGAGGUGUUGUCCUGGUUUCCAGGGCUCAGACUGCAAGGAACUGAAGGAUACACCAUCGAGACAAAUGUCACUGGGUCCCAAUCGAACCCCAAUACCUGCACAAAAUGCACCAAAACCAGGGCUGAAAGAGACAGGAGUGCCGGAGAACCAGGAGGGGAAGAUACAAGUGCUGGAAGAUGAGGUCCAGCGGCUCUCUCAGACCGUUCUGGACCUGCAGGCUGCCUUGACUGGGAUGACCGAGAACCUCAGAGUGAACAUCCAGGAGGACACAAGCACGAUGCUGCUUACCCUGCUGAACAACCUGAAGCUGCCUGACAGUGCAGUGGGCGGGGAGACAGAGAGCAUUCAUGUGAAUGGCUUUGAACACAGCAAAGAGCAGGACGGGAUGGGGGAUGUGAUGUCCAGGUUCAACAAUGUAAUGGACACCUUGAAAACCAAAACUGAGAUGUUGGACGACCUGCACAGCAAAGUAUACGGGCAUGAUGGGCAGCUUAAGGUCCUCAUGGAAGCUGCCCAAGGUGCCCAUGCUACAGCGCCCCCUUUCGAUAUUUACCAGGCCUAUGUUGACAGCAAGUUUGAGGAGCUAAGAGUGGAGAUACUGGAAGGCAUGGAGAUCAAGUUGGCUGAUCUGAAAAACUCCUGUGAUUACAAUAUAUUGUCUGUCCAGCAGCAGUGUGAAGAAAAUGAAGCCAACUACCUCAGCCUGACAGAGCUCUAUGAGACCAAGGAGGCAGGCCUCAGGAAAGAGAUUAAAGAUCUCAUGGUAAAGGUGGAAGGGUCACAUGGGGCCAGGAAGGACAAUAGCUGCUGUGAGUCAGGUUCCCCUGUUAAAGCCGAGACAGAUGACCUUGAAAAGAAGGUUGAUCGUAUUGCAGAAGCCCACAGGAUCCUCAAUGCAAGGCUUGAUAAUGAGCUGGAACGCUUCGCUACUCUUCAAAUUGAAGAUGAUUCCAGGGAGCGCCUUGAUGAGCUCGAGUCCAGAAUCAAUGUUACAGAGAGCAAUGCUGAAGUGCACUGCUUUUACAUAGAAGCGAAACUGAGCCAGCAGAUUACAGAUGAAGUGGAUAGAUUGAGAGAUCUGUUUGAUAACAGACUGAACUCUUUGGAGGACCAAUUAUCCGUCCCAUCUUUGGAAACGAGAAACAGCGCUUCCACUCAAAUAUAUGUUGAUUUAAUAGAUAAUCUACAGAAUGAGUUGAUUUCCCAUAAGCAUCUUGUCCAAAAUGAAAUGAAACGUCUAGAAGAAAGAUUAAAGGCAAUCAAUAAUUCAUGUUCUGCUGAUUGCAGUUCAAAAGACAUCCAAACUUCUCUCCGGGAUCUUCAGAACUACAAAAAUAACUUAAGGUAUAUGCAUUCAAAUAUGAAUACCAACACUGCAAUGCUCACAGCACUUCAGAGUGCUGUUGACAAACAGCUGCUGGCUAUCCAGUCUAACAGCCAGAGCAUAGCAGGCAUGGAGGGUGAAAUUGUCUCUCUUAAAGAUAAUGUCAGUGGUUUAAGGGGUGCCGUUAAAGGUUUAGGGGAUUCUCUGAGUAAAUACACACAAGAUCUCCUCCACAUUAAUUCUACUUGUUGUAGAAGGGACAACACCUUCAGUUCUGAUGCUGAUAAAAUCCAGGAGAUGCUGGAUAAUCACAUGUCCCAGAUGAAUGGAAACAGUAGUCAAUUGGAUGAGUUGAAAGACAGGCUGGAUCAACUUACUAAACAAAUCACCACAGAGGUCAGUCAGUGUAAGGAGAGCACCCAAGACAUCAAGAAGGAGGUCUCGAAUGUGGACGGCCGGGUGUCCAAUGUGGAGAGUGUGUGCGGCAAGCUGGAUUCAAUUUCUGGCAGCCUGCAGAGGAUCAAGGAGGGCCUCAACAAGCAUGUGACCAGCCUGUGGACCUGUGUCCAUCAGCUCAAUGGGACAAUGGAGACUCAGUCCCGGGACAUCCAUGGACUGAAGGACUCCUUCCAGAAUUGCCAGAAUGAAAUCUCUGAAAUUGCCAAGAAUCUUCAAGAUCUAUCCAAAGUUCCAAGCCCCCCAGAAAUAAAGGUAAAACCUAGUGUCAGUACGGUCACCAAGAAACCAGCUCAGCCGGAAAUCCAGAGGAAACAUGAGCCAGACGUUCAAAAGAUCCAGCUACCAUUCAUUCCCAGGAAACAGGUGCCCGUCACCACUCGGCCUCGCCUGCGGCCCACACUCAGGCAGCCCCUGACUAGGCAGCCCGUGGCCAGGCCGCCCAAGGUGGUGAUGGAGACAGGGGAGGCAGGCCCACCGGGAACAGUGCAGAAGACCUCUGCUGGUCUGCCUCAGGACACCAACGGCUUUAUGACCGACUUCAAAGGAGUUGCCGGAGCGCCAGGCUAUCCUCCUAUUACUACAGUAUCAUUUGAGCCCAGGGUUGUUUCAGUUGGCCAUUUUCCACAGAAGCCUUUGCCUCAUAAGCCUGUAUUGAUCCCAGGAAUCGGCACUGAGACAGAACCGUUCUCCUUCUCUGCUGGUCUGACCCAGAGAUCCUUCCCUGGUGACUUGGGAGUGAUCCGCUUCAACAAAGUGCUGGUCAAUGAUGGAGGCCACUAUAACCCUCACACAGGUAUCUUCACUGCUCCAGUUGAGGGCCGGUACAUGAUCACUGCUGUCUUGAUCGCCGAGCGGGAGGAGAGGGUGGAAGCUGUGCUGUCAGUAUCCAAUGAGAGCGUCCUGAGGCUCGACACUGCAGGCUACAAGAGAGAGCAGCUGGAAUACAGGCCCAGGGGUGGUAGGCCUACCUGUGGAGGCACUGGCACAUUCAACAUCAUCCUCAGCCUGAAACCGGGAGACACAGUCAGUCUUGUUAUGACAGCAGGCAGACUGGCCUACUCACAGUCCAAUGAAAUUUUCUCCACCUUUAGCGGGAUAUUUCUGUAUUCCCCGAUUUCCCACAGAUAGCCCGCUAAAGAAUUGCAAGAGAUGGCCAAACAUUUUUUUUUAAAGCUAAAGAAUUCUGUCAGUGUGGGAGCUUUAAUAUAUUUGUUAAUAAUCUAUAUUUGAAAGUCUCCUUUUGUUACCAAUUUAAAAAUUAUUUUUAUGGAAUAAUAGUUAUUUUUUAUGCAAUUAAAAGACAUGGAUUGUAAGCAACCUCAGUGUCUAAAGAAUCUACUGUAUGAAAAAUGCAUUACAUUUUCCUCUAAAGUAAGGUACAUUUAAGGUGUAUAUAUAAAGACAGUACUGAAAUAAUACUGAAAUUCAAGGGCAACUUUGUUUUCAAGUUUCACAGUGGAAAAAGGAAUCAGUCAUUUGAAUUCACGGAGAUAUGGUCUUAACAUCUCUUGUACAACCUUUAAAGGAUAUAAAUCAUUGUGUUCUGUUGACUUGUACUGUAAAUUGUAAGAGUCAAAAAUCCAUGAGACCAAAAUUUUUAAUAAUUUAUAGUAACUUAUAAAUCAGUAACAAAAUUGGUAUUUUCAAAUGCAUAUGAUUCCCCGAUUAGGAAUAGACAACAUUGGCUCUUCCUCUCCAUGACACUGUAGCUUUACUUUUUUAAAGCUGUCAGUAGUAGCCAAUGAAACCGUUAUGUAAAUAGAAUAAAAUAGAAAUGCCAUGUUGUCUACUGUAACGUCACUGUUGUCUGAAAUACACAUGUACAAUAAACUUUUUAUAUCAAA